UUAUUGUUUAGUUGGAUUCUUGAAAAGAUUCAAUCGCUGAAGAGGCGAAGGCAUGUUCCCCGUUUUUCGAUCGGUGAUGAGGACUAUGAGGUUUUCGCUCCAGUGACUACUGAUGCUUGCACACAAACAUCAACUGAUGAAAAUCCGCAGCAAGUCAGCGAAUCAUCUCCGAAAUCUCUUGAUGAGCUUUCUCGUGAUUGGAACGAAGGUAAGGCUCUUUCUGCAUUUGAUGCUCUCCGUCUCGUUAAACGUGGCAUCGUCAAAUGUCGUGAAUUGGAGUCGCGCCUGGAUGCUGAAACGGCUAUAUUUGUAAGACGCACUUACGUUGCUCCGGAGGUUCUGAAGGAGCUACCGUAUAAGAACUAUGACUACAAAUAUGUAACCAAUUCUUGUUGUGAGAAUGUUAUCGGGUAUGUUCCGAUACCUCUGGGUGUUGCUGGUCCCAUUCCUAUCAAUGGUAGAGAAUUCUACGUUCCUAUGGCUACCACAGAAGGAGCUUUGGUAGCCAGCACAAAUAGAGGCUGUAGCGCAAUAAAGAAAAGUGGCGGUGUUUCCACCUGCAUCUUCGACGAGGGUAUGACGCGUGCUCCCGUUGUCCAAUUCCCUACCGCUUUGGAGGCCGUGAAGCUGAAACAGUGGCUCGCUAUCCCUGAAAACUUCACUCUCGUCAAAAAUGAGUUUGAAUCUACUAGUCGGUUCGCCCAAUUACGUACCGUAGAGGUAGCCAUAGACGGAAAUCUAGCCUUUGUGCGCUUCGUCGCUUUGACUGGAGAUGCGAUGGGUAUGAACAUGGUAUCGAAAGGAUGCAACCUGGCAAUGCGCCUUUUAAAGGAGAAGUUCCCAUCGAUGCAAUUGUUGGCCCUGAGUGGGAAUUACUGUGUUGAUAAAAAAGCUGCUGCGAUCAAUUGGAUCCAAGGUCGGGGACGCUCUGUUGUGGCGGAAUGCACUUUGCCAGCUAGUGUUGUAUUGUCUAUUUUCAAAACAACUCCAAAACAAAUGGCUACAGCUUCUAAACUACAGUCGGGCUCUGAUAGGGCUGUGUGUAUUGGCGGUAACAAUGCUCACGCAGCUAAUGUGGUCGCCGCAAUAUUCUUGGCAACCGGGCAGGACUCUGCCCAAGUUGUCUCGUCAUCUAUGUGCUCUACUCGUAUGAAUGUAACCGACGAUGGAGAUUUGUAUGUCAGUUGCACCAUGCCGUGUGUUGAAGUCGGCACGGUAGGAGGUGGAACGAUUUUGAGGCCACAAAACGAAUGCCUUCAGAUGUUGUCAUGUGCUGGACCAUCACCAAAAGAAGCAGGAGAGCAUGCCCGUCGCUUGGCGGAAGUAAUAUGUUCUACGGUGCUCGCUGGCGAGCUAUCUUUGAUGGCCGCUUUAGUCACGGACCAAUUAGUGUCUAGCACACUUUCAUUUAGCUUACGUUCUCUUUCUCGAAAUUUGCUUCUCAGAUCACGUUUGCAACUGUAUCCUUCCGCGCCUGCUAUGACGAUGUCCACAGUCGAGAAACCAGUUCCCAUUCUGCCAAAGCCGCGAGAAAGGGAUUCAGGGCGCGUCAAAAGGACUAUCAAAGUUGAAUGUUCUAACAUUUUAUAG